GGGGCUGCGUGAUCUUCUCCUUAGAGAAGACAUGGCCGGCGGUGCGGAGGCGGCGUGGUUGAGUGUUGAGAUCGAGCAGCGGGAGCGGGAACUGCGCGGCUUGCGGGAGCAGUUAGCUGCUGUCCUGGCGGAGGAGCAUGGAGGAGCCGCCCAGCAGGGUGCUGGUGCUGUCGACGCCGACUUCCCUGCCAAACUCCCCCCUUUGCCCGCCCAGGCCGCGCUGAGUCCCGCCGAUAUCCUGCGGUACAGCCGGCAGCUAGUGCUGCCUGAGCUGGGCGUGCGGGGACAGCUGCUGCUGGCCCGCUCCUCCGUGCUCGUGGUGGGCUGUGGCGGCCUGGGUUGCCCCCUCGCCCAGUACCUGGCCGCGGCCGGCGUGGGCCGCCUGGGGCUGGUGGAUCAUGAUGUGGUGGAGACGAGCAACUUGCACCGGCAGGUGUUGCACGGGGAGGCCCGCCGGGGGUUCCCCAAGGCCGCGUCUGCCGCGGCAGCCUUGCGGCAGCUCAACUCCACGGUGCAGUACGUGCCAUACUGCGGAGCCCUGACUCCACGCAGUGCCUUGCAGCUGGUGCAGCAGUACGACGUGGUGGCCGACUGCUCCGACAACGUGCCCACCAGGUACUUGGUGAACGACGCCUGCGUCCUGGCUGGGAAGCCCCUGGUGUCUGGCAGUGCUCUCCGGCUGGAGGGGCAGCUGGUCGUGUACAACUACCAUGGUGGGCCCUGCUACCGCUGCCUUUUCCCCAAGCCACCUCCACCAGAGACGGUGACUAACUGUGCGGAUGGGGGAGUGCUGGGUGUUGUGCCAGGCAUCAUGGGGUGUAUUCAGGCCUUGGAAGUAUUGAAGAUCAUUUCGGGGAUGGGUUCCUCCUUCAAUCAGUUCAUGCUGAUGUUUGAUGCCCAGGAAGGGCGGUUUCGCAACAUCAAGUUAAGACCAAAGAAAUCAGACUGUGCUGUUUGUGGUGACAAUCCGUCUGUCACUUGCCUUCAGGAUUAUGAGGCAUUCUGUGGGUCUUCUGCAACAGACAAAUGUAGAACUUUACAUCUGUUGUCCAGUAAAGACAGGAUAUCUGUCGAGGAAUACAAAAAACUGUUGGAUGAGCAAGUUCCUCAUGUAUUGCUAGAUGUUCGCCCAAAAGUUGAAGUGAAUAUCUGUCGCCUGGAACAUGCUGUCCACAUUCCUUUGAGUAAAUUAGAAGAAAAAGAUGAAGAAUGUAUGGAAUACUUAGAAAAAAUAAUUUUUGAAGAAAAGCAGAGAACUGAUGGCCAAACAUCUUUUCCUGUGUAUGUUGUUUGCAAAUUAGGAAAUGACUCCCAGAAGGCUGUAAGAAUUCUGCAGGAGUUACCUGUCAAAGAAUUUGGUCCUGUAUUAGCUAAGGAUAUUAAAGGGGGGCUCAUGACUUGGGCAAGUAGAAUUGACCCAACAUUUCCUCAGUACUAAACAUUUAAAUGUUAAAAAGAAGAUGAAUAUCAACAGUUAAUUCUCUAGAGUUUAAUUUUUUUGUGCAACGUCUAUAUCAUGUGAAUCAAAUGAGAUAAAUGACUUAUAAAUACUAUGCUCUUUUUAAUAGUAUAUUUUUAAGUCAUAUGUGUUUUUAAAGAUGCUUGAUUUUUUUUAAUGUAAAAAUAUGAAACCAUGGAAAUGGAAAUAAAUAAAUUUCUUGGUUCUUAUUUAAAAGUGAA